UUAAGCCUUGAGAAAUGAAAGGUCGGGAGUCCAUAAUAUAAUUCUCUAAAUAAAUACAAUGCUUUGAAGGAUUGAUGUAUCUCAUUAACUUGUGUGGGGUUGUUCUUGAGUACUAUAAAUACCUAAUGUCCCGUAAGUAGUUGAUCGUUUGAAUAGAAAGCAAGCAAAAAUAAUCGGUUCUUCUUCUUCUCUCGUGGAAAUUUUUUAAGGGUUCUUCUCUAGGCUCUAGCUGAUUGAUACAGGCUUUUCCUGUCUUAAUUACAAUUUGUCCACAUUGUUUGGAUGAGUGACGAACCAAAAUGGGAAGAAUUAAACACUGAUUGCCUAGUGAAUGUUUUUGGAAGAUUGGGAUUGGGAUCACUGCUGCUGGACGUUCCCUUUUUAUGCAAAUCAUGGUACCAAGCUACUAAAAAUCCCCCAUGCUGGCGGCGCCUUGAUUUUGCUGCAAUUCUUGAUUCGUAUGUGUUAGCCUCAAGAUUAAUUGCUGAAUUACAAUUGAGGGGCCAGCCCCAACGCAACGGCCAUUAUCACCCGUUUACCAAACUUGAAGAGGUUAGUUUUAAGGGGUUCAUGAGCGGCCUACUCAUCAUUUUACAAGGCUGUGAACAACUUGAGCAUCUUGAUGCUAGGGACUGCGUUGGUUUUGAAGAUAUUAAAGCUUGCUUCUCACAAACCAGAAUUCGGGCACGAGGGUAUGCAGUUGAUUAUUACGAUGACUCUUCUGCAUUUGACUAUUAUGAUUCUGAUGGUUAUUUUUUUUUACUCUUCUGAUUAAGGGUUGGUGCAUGCCUAGCUAAGUUUAGAAUCUCUACAUUUUGUUGUGUUACGUAAUGGAUGAUAUAUCUUGCUUUCAUUAUGUGUUUUGGCAUUCCUCUACUGGUAAA